AUGUUUGGUAGUGUUAUCGACUCGACUCAGGUGAAGCCUGAAAAGUCUCGCCCAUCGAGGUCGUCUAGCCGUGGUCCUCGCUCUAGUACCCAAGGAAACGCCGAGCUGAUCCGGGUGCAGGAAGCUUUGAGGCGGCAGGAGGAGUAUAACAAGCAACAACAAGAGUACUGGGCUGCUCAAUUUGCACGACAGCAGGAGAUGAUGCAGCAAAUAGCACUAGGGCAACGUCCAGAUUUUUCAGCGAUGACUAUGCCACCUCCUCCACCUAUCCCGCAGUUUGUACCGACUCCACAAUUUAGUUGGCCCACACCUGCACCUCAGGUCCCUCCAGGAAACUUGCUAACUCCGGGAAAUGAGGACUCUGAAGAUGCGGUCGCUUCUUUUGUGGACGGUCUUCUAAACAGCGGAGGAGCUAGCGGAUCAAAUCAACCCCAUCCAUUUGAUCAACCUCCUCCAUUUGAGUAGCCUGUCUCCUUGUGUUUUUCUCGUACUAUGGACUUGUGAACUUGUGGUAUUGGGAA